AUUAUUUGAGGUUAUGGAUUCAUCGAUACACGUGGACUAGGGACGCAUUAAACAUUACUUGUUCAUGGAAUGAAAUAUUGCUUAAUAAUUUAACAAUAAGUAGCUAUCAAUAUUUAGGACAGAAUGCCAGUAAUGAACAGAGUCGUGAAGCCAAGUACUCACAGAGGCAAAAGAGCAAUUUUGAAGAGAGAACCGAAAUUAGUGGAAGAUGUCAAGGAAACUCUGUGUUUCAAAGGAAAAAACACUUCUCAAAUUGUUGUUGAUUUCAUGAAAGAUCUGUACAAUCUUAAAAAGCCUAAUGCACAGAUAAUGCAGAAGAAAAAUGAUAUAUUACCGUUUGAAGAUAUCACUCUCAUUGAAAAGUUUGCUGUCAAAUACAAUGCACCACUUUUCAUGAUAGCUUUGCACAAUAAAAAACGACCCCAUAACAUUGUAAUGGGUAGAAUGUAUGAAAAUACAUUGCUGGAUAUGGCAGAGUUUGGCAUAGAAAAUUACAAAAGUUUAAAUGACUUCAAAGUAUCAAAAAUUUCUGAGGGAUUAAAGCCUUUGUUGGUGUUUAAUGGAGAACUUUUCGAAAAUAAUUACGAGCUUGACAGAAUAAAGAAUUUGUUUGUAGACAUGUUCCAAAGAGAAGUUGUCGAGAACAUUCGGUUACAGGGACUUGAACAUGUUUUAAGUUUCACUGCUGUGGAAAAUAAAAUUCUCUUAAGGAGCUAUAGAGUAUUGUUAAAGAAAUCUAAUAGUAGAAUACCAAGAAUAGAAUUGGAAGAAAUUGGCCCUAGAGCAGAUUUAAUUUGUAGGAGAACAAAACUUGCUUCCGCGGACCUCUUUAAAAAGGCGUGUAAGAAACCGAAGGAGUUAAAGAUCAAAAAGAAGAAGAAUCUUUCUAAGGACAACCUCGGAUCAACUUUUGGUCGCGUACACGUUGGGGCACAGAAUAUUACUAGUAUUCAAACGAGAAAAAUGAAAGGCUUGAAGAAAACAAUGGCAGAGAAGAAGGCCGGUAUGAAACGAAAAGGUUCAGAUGCUGUUGCUGAUGACAGUCCAAAGAAAUCGAAGAAUGUUACCGAUUCAGCCGAUUGAGAUAAUUAAAUACGAGUUCCAAUGUGGUCUCAGUCUUGGAAUCCUGCGGAUAAAACAGCAAGAUUAUGAUUCUCUAUAUACGAUGCAUGUAAUCGUUAAAAUAAGUACCUUCACGAGCACCCCGCACUUCGAAAGAUCGUUUCGUGCUUCGUCACAUGCAGACAGCAAAACUUUAUCCGAUACAUUUGUUUCCUUAGCCCUGUUUCGAACAAUUUUCCUGAAUUUUAUGAAGUAUUCAAUGAGAUUAUUCACUUUGUUUUCAUCCGCUAUUUCUGAGCGUCCAAUUCCGAGCUUUGAGAACAUUGUAGAUACAUAAUCUGAGACUGCACUUAUGGCAGGUAUACUUCUGCUUGUGGCUGGUUUCUUUCGUAAAAUAAAACAAAAUUGUUUAAAUAAUAUGAUAAUCUAAUUAUAUAGACAUUACAUAGAUUUUUAUACUUACAGAGGAAUCAUGCAACAUUUUAUUUCCCAUAUCGAUCAGUUUCAAUAUCGAGUGUGUUGCUUGUGAGGUGUUAAAAUUAUUCGCUAAUGCUGCAUCAACAUCAUUUUUCGUUUCCUCUAAACACUAAAAUAAAACUGCAUACUCGUCAUUCUUAAAAUCUAAAUAUCUGUGAACGAUGGCAGGGGGGGGGGGGGAACUUACAUAGAGCAGUGCAACUUCGUCUAUAUUGCCGAAUGACCAUCUUCUAGCGACAUAGUUGUUGCAAUUAGCAACGAAAUGUUCCACUUUAUUCAUUAUGCUUACUGCAUUAUUCAUUACUUCAUCAGAGAAUUCAAUAUCUGGAAAAUGGUGAUAAUUUAAUUUAACAUACUUAAUGUUAACAUUUCGUAUAUGAAUGAAAUAUACCAUUAUUGUAAUUGGAAAGUAAGCAUAGCAUUCUGAAUUGAUUUGCAGUAUAUUUUUUAAGGAGUUCUCUUAUGCUAAUAGUAUUCUGAAGACUUUUCGACAUUUUCACAUCUUUUAAGAGCAGAUGUCCACAAUGCAGCCAAUAAUUUACCCAUUGAUUCACGCCAUGGAAAGAGCAUGACUGGGCUUCCUCGUUUUCAUGGUGUGGAAAAACAAGAUCUAUCCCACCACUGUGAAUGUCUAUGGAAUUUCCAAAAACUGUGCUAUUUAAAAUAGAAAUGUUAAUUUACAUAUAGAUAAGGAUAAUCUGUAUCAUAGGAAUUCCAUUAAAUGUUCUAGAAGACAUUACCUUGCAA